GAGGCUGCCCUUGUUCUUUUGGGUUUUUGUUAGUAACGGGCUUCUGUUGGUCACACUCUCCCCUGCCGUCUCGUCGCGAUCAGCUGCUUUUUCUGGGGGAGGGUUGGCGAAUGCAGCUUAAGCCUUUCGAAACCUUUCUCUCUCUAUAGUCCUCUCCCCUUGCUUCGCCACGGUGCCACGCUGUGUUUCAUUUGUUGGGCUUCCUCGUGUUGUUUCUCUCGUGUAGAUAAUUCUUUUUUGUUGUUCUUGCACUAAAAAAAUUCUUAUUACUCUUAUUGAAAUUCCUGGUGGAGUAACUCCGGACAGUUCUAACAGUUUCGAAGCGCGUUGUGGCCACCCAUCGAGGUAACUGCACUUCCGGGAGGCACCUGAUAUUUGACCCUCUCUGAAAAAGGUGCCGCGCUUCGUCGUGCAUCCACAUCUUCCCUCUCUUUUUUUUUGCUACUGAUAUCAACUGGAGGAGAGGCUAAAAACGGUUGGAGGGCAGACGUUUCUUUGCGGCGCUUGUCGCUCCCUUCCCUCCUCCUCCCUCCUCCUUCCUCCUCUGUUAAUCUUUGCUGACUGUGGAGUUGGUUUGGCUGUUUUGUUGGCAGUCAUCUCCGCACGCUCUUCCUCUCUCCUUCGUACAGCUUAUUGGCUGUCGUUCUCCGCUUUACCACGCGACAGAACGAGGCGGAGGAAGAGGAUUAAAAAGAACAUCAACAAAGAAUUAAGUACCGCGCACCAAUGCCGACGCGUGAAGCGGCAGAGCCGCCCAGAGGGACUGCCGCUGCCCGACGCUCCUCUUCCAGUCACGAGCUGAGUUCUAAUAACGCUGAGGAGGCGGACGGCUCGGAAGGCGCGCUAACCGAUCCGGAGACGGUGGAUGACAUCGCCCACGUGCGGGAGCAGCAGGCGGCGCAGCGCGGCUUCCGAGAAAAGCUGGACGAGUUGUGGAGCCACGAGCCCCCCUACCGACCCUCCGCGGAGGACAGGGCCAACUGGUUUCAGCAGCUCUACUAUGGCUGGAUAGGCGACUUCAUUUACAAGGCCGCGGCGGGCGCCAUCACAGAGGCCGAUCUUCCCCCGCCGACCCGCACGACGCGCACGUACUACACCGGCAAGGUGCUGUCGCAGCAGACACACGCCGACCUGGACAAGAGCCGUCGGUGGGACGGGUACAUCGGAUGCGAGGUGGUCUGCAAGAAGGAGCCAGAGACGAGCGGGGUGCUGCGAUGGGUCGGAUACAUUCCCCAAUCCGACCACCCCCGCGCGCUGGUAGCCGGUGUGGAGUGGCGUGUGGCGCCGCGGCAUCGACGGCAGGCGGAGCCGGGCAACCCGGUGGCGAUGCACAACGGUGUCGUGCACGGCGAGCGGCUUUUUUACCCGCACCUGCAGAACGCGCACUGCUCCUGUGAGCCGGUGAACACCUUGUACUUGAGCUCGACGCGGAGCCCCAUUCGGCCCGGCCCUCCGCCCUCGCCGGACCUGCUGCUCACGCUCUUCAAAGCGCACGCCUACCACAUGUGGGCGCAGAUACUCCCCAAGCUGCUCUCCGACCUCGCCUCCGUCUUUCUCCCUGUGCUGUUGGAGUUUUUCGUCAAGUACCUCGAUGCGGGCAACGCGACGUGGGUGUGGGGGUUGGGCUUGGUACUGACCAUCUUUUUCACGAGCGUCGUGCAGAGCUGCGCGUCGCAUAAGUACGACCACAUCAGCAUCCGCAGCGCCGCGCUCUUUGAGACGUCCUCCAUGGCGCUGCUCUUUGAGAAGUGCUUCACCGUUUCGCAGAAAUCGCUGCAGCGGCCGGAUAUGUCGGUGGGCCGUAUCAUGAACAUGGCCGGCAACGACGUGGACAACAUCGGCAGCCUCAACUGGUACGUGAUGUUCUUCUGGAGCGCGCCACUGCAGCUCAGUCUGUGUAUCGUGCUGCUCGUACGGCUCGUCGGGUGGUGCGCGCUGCCGGGGGUGGCGGUGCUCUUCGUGACCUUCCCCAUCCAGGGCGCCAUCUCGAAGUACUCGCAGGAGAUCGAUGAGCGACGGGCUACGGUGGUGGACCUGCGUAUGAAGCGCACGAACGAGCUGCUCUCCGGCAUCCGCAUUGUGAAGUUUAUGGGGUGGGAACCACGCUUUCUGGCCCUCAUUGAACGCGCCCGUGAGCGGGAGCUGGGCUGUCUGCGUGAUCAGCAGAUGGCGAGCGUGGGCUUCAUGUUUGUCGACGGCGCCACACCGACCCUCGUCAUCGCGGUCGUCUUUGUCCUCUACCACGUGAGCGGACACGCCUUGCGACCGGAGAUAGUCUUUCCGACCAUUGCGCUGCUGAACACGAUGCGGAUGUCUUUCUUCAUGAUCCCCAUCAUCGUCUCGGCGCUGCUGCAGUGUCUCGUGUCCACGCGGCGCGUCACGACCUUUCUCGAGUGCCCGGAUGCGCACUCAGCGGUGCAGGACAUCAGCGAGAUGUACGUGUCUGGCGCCGCCGCGGCGUUCACGGAUGCCACGAUCAACACCUAUCUGCCCGUGAUGCUGCCGCGGUGCAAAUCGCGACUAACCUCGCCGAUGCAACGUAUGAUGUUGUGGUUCCGCAAGCGCAAGGUGCCGGAGGCGGAGUGGUACGAGGUGGACGACUCGGCGAAGGGCGCCGCCUCGCCAGUGCCAGCGUCCCCCAGCGAGACAGCGGAGAAGGCCGCCACCGCAGCAGGGGACGACGUCGACGGCGCAGAGGAGGGUGACGCGCAUUACUUCCAGCUCCUAUCAAAGGAUCUCCUGCACAAUGUCAACUUGAUCUUUCCAGACGGGCAGCUGACGAUGGUGAUCGGAGCGACGGGCUGCGGCAAGUCGACGCUGCUCGGGGCGCUGAUGGGGGAGUACGAGGUCCGCAAAGGGGAGGCGUGGGCAGCGAAGAGCAUCGCGUACGUGCCGCAGCAGCCGUGGAUCAUGAACGCGACGCUGCGCAACAACAUUCUAUUCUUUGACGAGCAGCGUCCAGCCGACUUGCAAGAUGUCAUUCGGUGCUGUCAGCUGGAGGCGGAUCUCGCCACACUCGCUAAUGGCCUCGAGACGGAAAUUGGCGAGAAGGGUAUUAACCUGAGCGGUGGGCAGAAGAUGCGCGUGAGCCUUGCGCGUGCUGUGUACGCCAACCGCGAGGUGUACCUGCUGGACGACCCGUUGUCUGCGCUAGACGCGAACGUUGGCCAAAGGGUGGUGAACGACGUGUUCCUUGGUCGUUUGGCCGGGAAGACGCGUGUGCUGGCGACGCACCAGCUGCACCUGCUUCCCCUCGCCGACCACGUCGUGGUGCUGCAGCGCGGUCGGGUGGCGUUUACCGGCAGCUUCGCCGCCUUUCAGCAGACAAAUCUGGAGGAGUCACUGCGGGGCGAAUUGAAGGCGGAGACGGCAAACGGUGCUGCAGGCCACGACACGGUGGCAAUCGAAGCGGAGGAGGACGAGGAGUUGGAUGAAGAAGAGGUAUCGAUGGACAUCAAGGGCUGCCCCAAACCGCAAACCGUGCCACAAAUCACACGUGCGCCGCCCAGUGUGCGUCGACAGGACUCCGCAAAGCCAAGCCCUGGCACGGCCGAUGCAGACGACGGCGCUGCCUCACCGGUGGACCUGCAGGCGGCAGAGGUCGGCAAGCUGAUGACAAAUGAGGAAAAGGCGAUUGGCAGUGUUCCCUGGUCGACGUACGUGGCGUACGUGAAGGCCUGCGGCGGGCUGCUGUUGUGGUGCGUCCUCUUGGCCGCCUUUGUCGUGACCGAGUUUGUGAACGCCGCGAACGGGCUGUGGCUGUCCAUUUGGUCCACGUCCACCUUUGGCUGGGAGGCCACAACAUACAUGUACGUGUACCUCGGCAUCGUGGCCCUCGGCGUCUUCAGCGCGCCACUUCGGUGUUUCCUGUGCUACCACCUCAUGCGCAUUGGCAGCCGUAACCUGCAUCGCGGUCUGCUGGAGUCCCUCGGCGUCGCGACGGUGUCCUUCUUCGACACCACCCCCCUCGGCCGCAUUUUAAAUCGCUUCGCCAAGGACAUCGGCAUCAUCGACAACACCCUCAACGACAGUUUCCUCUACCUGCUGCAGUACUUCUUCUCCAUGUGCUCGACCAUCGCCGUCAUGGCGGUGGCGCAGCCGCUCGUGCUGGUCGCGCUGGUGCCGUGCGUCUUCAUUUACUACAAACUGAUGCAGGUGUACAACGCGUCGAACCGAGAAACGCGCCGCAUUAAGAGCAUCGCCCACUCCCCUGUGUUCACGCUGCUGGAGGAGUCCCUGCAGGGGCAGCGCACCAUUGCCACCUACGGCAAGAUGCACGUCACGCUGCAGGAGGCGCUGAAGCGGCUGGAUGUGGUGUACAGUGCGCUGUACAUGCAGAAUGUCACCAACCGCUGGCUCGGCACCCGACUGGAGUUUGUCAGCUGCGUUAUCAUCUCUACUGUGGCUUUGUUCGGUGUGGCAGGGAAGAUGCUCCGCGCCAGUCAGCAGAGCAUCGGCUUAAUUUCGCUGUCGCUGACCAUGGCCAUGACGCUGACGGAGACCCUCAACUGGCUGGUGCGGCAGGUCGCCACCGUGGAGGCGAACAUGAACAGCGUCGAGCGCAUUCUGCACUACAUCCACGCCGUCGACCACGAAGACGUGCCGGAGAUGCGCCAGCUAGUGGAGGACCUGUUGAAAGUAGGAAAGGCGAACGCUGACGGCAGCAGCAACGACGAUGAUGCGGCGAUGGUUGUUGCGUCCGCCAGCCCCACCGCUGCCGCACCGCACGUCGUGAGGGCCGGCGCGCUCACCUUGGACCACGUGCAGAUGCGGUACCGCGAGGGGCUGCCGCUUGUGCUGCGAGACGUGAGCUUCUCCAUCGCGCCGCGCGAGAAGGUGGGCGUUGUGGGCCGCACGGGGAGCGGGAAGUCGACGCUGCUGCUGACGUUCAUGCGGAUGGUGGACAUCUGCGGCGGCGAGAUCCGCGUGGACGGGCGCGCGCUGGGGUCGUACGGGCUGCGCGAGCUGCGGCGGCACUUCUCGAUGAUCCCGCAGGACCCCGUGCUGUUCGACGGGACGGUGCGGCUGAACGUGGACCCGUUCCUGGAGGCGUCGUCCGCGGAGGUGUGGCACGCGCUGGAGCUGGUGGGGCUGCGCGAGCGCGUUGCGUCGGAGACGGAGGGGAUCGACGGGCGCGUGCUGGAGGGCGGGUCGAACUUCAGCGUUGGGCAGCGGCAGUUGAUGUGCAUGGCGCGCGCGCUGCUGAAGAAGGGCAGCGGGUUCAUCCUGAUGGACGAGGCGACGGCGAACAUCGACCCCGCGCUUGACCGGCAGAUCCAGACGACGGUGAUGAGCGCGUUCGCCGAGUACACGGUGAUCACGAUUGCGCACCGGCUGCACACGGUGGCGCAGUACGACAAGAUCAUCGUGAUGGACCACGGCGUGGUGGCGGAGAUGGGCAGCCCGCGCGAGCUGGUGAGAGGAACGACUCCAUUUUCCACGACAUGGUGGAGGCGCUUGGCCAUCGUGGUGCGAGAGAAUUCCGACAGCUUCUCGUGUAAGCACUUGGAGUGAUGGACAAAGCGUUGUUUCUCUAAUAAUCGUAGCCUUCCUUCUCUUUCUGGGGUAUUUAUUAUUAUUAUUAUUAUUAUUAUUAUUAUCACUCAUUCAGCUGGGAGUAUAUACUGAUGUCGAGAGCCUUCUCUAAUAGGCGUGGAGGAUCAUCGCGGGCGGGAAAGCAAUUUACUGCAGUGGAU